AUGUCGGAAGCUCGGCGCCACAAGUCCCGUGCCGGAUGCCAACAAUGCAAGCGCCGGAAGGUAAAAUGCGAUUUGGGUAUCCCGAACUGUAACCAAUGCCGUCGUCAAAAGCUCCAAUGCCCAGGCUACCAGAAGCCACUCAAAUGGGUCAGCGAUGAAGUUUCCUCAUCACGGCCACAAGCCCAAACCCACCCAUCACGGACUUCCAAGUCGCCAACAACUUCCCAAACAUCACGAUCAUCCUCAAGCAGCGGCUCUUAUAUCCCAGGCUCCUGCCUCGGAGAACCUCUCUACGACGACACCACCACCCUCAUCCACCACUACUUCACCCGAGUCUGCCGCAUAGCCGGCUGCUUCGACUCCCCCUUCUCUCCCUUCCGCAUCAUCCCCCCUCUCAUCCUCAGCACCUCCAAACCCAUCUUCCUCCUCCUGCAAGCCUCCUCCGCUGCGCAACUCAGCCGCCAGCACCCCACCAUGCGCAUCAAAGCCCUGCGUCUGCAAACUGAAGCAUUUUCUGCUGUGCGUGACGACAUAGGCAUGUUGAUGAGUGGUGGUGGCGGGUUCGCCGUCUCGGAUGAGUUGAUGUUGGCGUCUAUUUUUGCGGGCUUGACGAGUGCUUGGUAUGAUGUUAAUGAUACAGGGCUGAGCCAUGUGCUUGGCAGUCAGAUUUUGCUGUCGUUGUGGUUGAUGGGGAGGGUGGGGCAGAGGUUGAAUUAUCAGCAGACGUUCAUUUUGGGUGCGUAUGUGUACUGGUUUAUGAUAUCGUCGUUUGCGGUGGGUGAUCCGUGGCAGUCAUUUUGUUAUCAGGAGGCGUUGCAAAGUACGUUGGCGAAGCUGGACAUGUGUCGUGAUGUUGUGGACGAUACGGAUGUGCCGGAGGAGCAGAGGAAAGUGUAUCCACAUCCACUUACGGGUUUCUCGAAUGAAGUGUGCUUGGCUGUUGGCAAGGUUGGGUCGCUAUGCCGUCUUCAUUACAUCUCAAAAGGGCAGAUGAGAGACUUCUUGGAGGAGAAGGCAGGUAUCGCCGAGGAGGAAUUGUUAGAUCUGGAGCAGUUUGACAGUCGGAAUUUCCAGGAUCCACAAGACCCAAAGACGAACGUUGAGGAGAUCUUAAGUGUGAGGGAAGCGUACAGAUUGGCGGGCUUACUACAACUCUACGACACUUUUCCACAUCUUCUCCAUCGACAUACUGAGCCCCAGGAUUACUCGCCAGAAUGCGAGAUUGAAGAAGAGCCACAUACCCCAGCUCAGCAUAACUUCCUCCUCGCCCUAUCUAUCCACAUCCUCCGCAUCCUCGCCACCAUCCCCCCAUCUUCAGGAACCCGCGUCCUCCAAGGUCUACCCGCUCUCAUCGCAGCAACUUGGCUCGUAGAUCCCCAUCCUUCAACAUCCGACAUAUUCAACCACCCUCGUCUCCCCCUCACACCUUCUGUUCUCCAACCAUCACCAACAUCUCUUCCCUCGUCCAGCCAAGCCCACCCAACAUAUCAACCCCAUCUCGACCAACUGCAUUCACCGUCAUCCUCCUCUUUAUCUCAGAAACAAUACUGGCGCGACCGCGUCCGCGACGGGCUCCGCAAACACGACGAGUAUGUUGGUCUUCAACAGGUUUCUAGAGUAUUGGAUAUUGUGGAGGAGGUAUGGAGGCUUGAUGAUCGAGCGGGGUAUGGGAAUUGGAAGCUGGGACGGAGAAGUGGAGAGAAGUGUAAGUGGAUGGUUGUUGUUGCGAGGAAGGGGUUGCAGACUUUGUAUGGGUAG